AUGGUCCUUAGAAAGAUGAGUGUAAGAAGAUUUGUGAAUGUCUCUCUGCUAAUAGCAGCUCUGGUUUCAUCACUGUGCGAGUCUCAGAAGAACUUUGCGUGUGACAGAAAUGCCCCUGCGACGGCUAAGUACCGUUUCUGCAACGUCUCGUUGUCGUACGAAGCACGUGCCAAAGAUUUGGUCUCACGUCUCUCGCUCAAGGAAAAAGUCCAGCAACUCGUAAACCGCGCCACCGGGGUUCCAAGGCUCGGUGUUCCUCCGUACGAGUGGUGGUCGGAAGCUCUCCACGGCGUCUCCGACGUCGGACCAGGGGUGCGUUUCAACGGGACGGUGCCUGGAGCGACGAGUUUCCCGGCGGUGAUAUUAACGGCGGCGAGUUUUAACACAUCGUUGUGGCUAAAAAUGGGAGAAGUGGUUUCGACGGAGGCUCGAGCGAUGCACAAUGUAGGACUCGCUGGCCUCACGUAUUGGAGCCCCAACGUUAACGUCUUCAGAGAUCCAAGGUGGGGUCGUGGCCAAGAGACGCCAGGAGAGGAUCCUCUCGUCGUUUCCACAUACGCCGUGAAUUACGUUAAGGGCUUACAAGACGUUCACGACGGCGGCGGUCAAUCACGGCGGCUUAAGGUGUCGAGCUGCUGUAAGCAUUACACUGCUUACGAUCUUGAUAACUGGAAAGGCAUCGAUAGAUUCCACUUCGACGCCAAGGUGACGAAGCAAGACUUGGAAGACACGUAUCAGCCGCCAUUCAAGAGCUGUGUAGAAGAAGGAGAUGUGAGCAGUGUAAUGUGUUCCUAUAACAGAGUUAAUGGCAUCCCAACUUGUGCUGACCCUAACCUUCUUCGUGGAGUUAUCCGAGGCCAAUGGCGUCUCGACGGAUACAUCGUUUCGGAUUGUGAUUCCAUCGAGGUCUAUUUUGACUCCAUUCAUUAUACUAAGACACGUUUGAACAUGAACUGUGGAGAUUUUCUUGGCAAGUACACAGAGAAUGCUGUGAAGCAAAAGAAAUUGAACGGAUCAGAGGUUGAUGAAGCGCUGAUUUACAACUACAUCGUUCUCAUGCGGCUCGGAUUCUUCGAUGGCGAUCCUAAAUCCCUUCCCUUUGGUGAGCUUGGACCGUCUGAUGUUUGCAGCAACGAUCAUCAAAUGCUUGCGCUUGAAGCCGCAAAGCAGGGGAUCGUGCUGCUUGAAAACAGAGGAGACCUUCCGUUAUCAAAAACAGCGGUCAAGAAACUAGCGGUUAUAGGGCCAAACGCUAACGCUACAAAGGCAAUGAUCAGUAACUACGCGGGUUUGCCAUGUAAGUACACAAGCCCUUUACAAGGGAUGCAAAAGUAUGUACCGAGAGGGAUUGUUUACGAGCCAGGAUGUAAAGACGUCAAGUGCAGUGAUCAAACGCUGAUCGCAGCAGCGGUCAAAGUGGCUACAGAGGCUGAUGUGACGGUUUUAGUGGUUGGCUUGGAUCAGACGGUAGAGGCAGAGGGUCUUGACCGGGUUAACCUAACCCUUCCAGGUUAUCAAGAAAAGCUGGUGAAAGAUGUGACCAACGCUGCAAAGAAAGCUGUUGUUUUGGUCAUAAUGGCGGCCGGGCCUAUUGAUAUCUCAUUUGCCAAGAACCUGAGCAAGAUCCGGGCGGUUUUAUGGGUCGGAUAUCCCGGUGAAGCUGGAGGAGAAGCUAUAGCUCAAGUCAUCUUUGCUGGGAGACUGCCAGAGACGUGGUACUCACAAGAGUUUGCGGAUAAGGUUGCGAUGGCUGACAUGAACAUGAGACCUAACUCGACUUCUGGUUUCCCUGGAAGGUCUUACAGAUUCUACACAGGGAAACCGAUUUUCAAAUUCGGACAUGGACUCAGUUACUCUUCUUUCUCUGCUUUCGUUCUCUCAGCUCCAUCAUUCGUACAUAUCAAAACCAAUCCAAUCCUGAAACUUAACACGACAACAUCUAUCGAUAUCUCCACGGUUAAUUGUCGAGAUCUCAAGAGCCGGAUCGUCAUCGGGGUCAAGAACCACGGGUUAAGGUCUGGGAGCCACGUGGUGCUCGUGUUCUGGUUACCGCCGGAGUCUUCAAAGUCUCUGGUGGGUGGUGGCGUGCCACAGAAGCAACUGGUAGGGUUUGAGAAAGUAGAAGUUGAGAGAAGCAUGACAGAGAAAGUUACCGUUGAGUUUGAUAUCUGCAAGGGACUCAGCCUUGUGGAUACUGACGGUAAAAGAAAACUAGUCACUGGACACCACAAGCUUGUUAUUGGAUCUAACAGUGAUCAGCAAAUCCUUCAUCAUCUCAACGUUAGAUUGGCUGGAGAUUCAACGAAACAGAGAAUUUUAAUGGAGGGGUUGAUUCCAUAUCUGAUUCAUGCAAUCAAGAAAGACCACAAGCCUCAACAUCAGAUAUAUCGAUCGAUCUCUGUAGGAUCGAGCCGAAGCUACCGACCAUUAAUGAUGGGACAAGAAGGUUCUUCUUCACUACAGGGAUCUUCUCACCGUCGUACUAGAUCAGACUACAAGCCACCUGUAAUAACGGAUAUGUUUGAUCAGACAUCAUCAGGUUUUGGUCAAGAUUCUGUGAAUAAAGCUUCUUCUUCUCAGAAUAUAGCAGCAAAGCCUGGGAGUCAUUUGUUAGUGGCAAUGGCGGAAUUAAGAUCAGGUGUUCUAUUGAAGCUUCUAGAGGAAAUGGGUGUGGGGAAAGUGAGAAGAGACGUUGAUCACAGACCAGUUUUGCUGCAGAUAAGAAGCAUAAUCCCUGUGUUAGCAGCUGGAGGGUUAUGGCCAAACAAAGGUUUCUUUUUGAGAAUCUCAGAUUCAACACAUUCAAUGUAUGUCUCGUUGCCGCGAGAAGAGAACGAUCUUGUUCUCUACGACAAGUUACAGAUCGGGCAAUUGAUAUUUGUCGAGAAGAUUGAAUUCGCUUAUCCAGUUCCUGUGAUCAACGGCGUUAGACCAACUCCAGGUCGAAGGCCUUGCACCGGUGAACCAAUCGAUCUAAUCCCUAAAGAACGGAUCGAGAAGUUCUGCGUCGGUACAGAGGAAAGCUACAAUCAGCAAGUGAAGAGGCCAAGGAGAACAAGAUGGAAGAGUUCAAGCGCUCCGCCUUCUCCUUCUGUGCGAAGCUGUGGAGUGAUAGAGGAGAAGUCAAGUAGUAUAUGUAGAACAAGAAGAAGAGAAGGUGUGGUUUCACCAUCUCCAAGAUGGGAUAAAAGCUUAAGCUAUGGAAGUGGAAGUAGUAAGAGUAAGAACCUUCUUCCACCUAAAAGCAAUAAUACCCUUGAAUCCUCAGAUUCGACAUCCAGGAAAAGAAGCUGGACAGAGACAGAGAUUCUCUGGAAUUCACUUCCUCCCAAAGUUGUAAAUCUCGGAAAGGAAAUUCUGAGACAGAGAGAUAAGGCUAUUCGCGCUGCGUCUCAAGCUUUGUUAGAGGCUUCAGCUGCCGAAAGAUUGCUCAAAUGUCUAAGGUCAUACUCGGAGCUUUCAGAGAGGAGAAACCAAGAUCAUAAUAAUCAACAGCCACAAAUUGGAGAGUUCUUGAGUUUCCAAGAUGAGCUAAGAAAGAGCAGGCUCAUCAUUCAAUCAUUAUCAACUGAAAAAACAGAGCAUUGCAGCUCAAACACAACCAAAACCGGGGAUGACAGACGCGAAAAGGCGACUCAAUGGAUCAAAUCAGCUUUAGCUACAGAUCUCAAACAGGUUUCUUUAUCCGCAAGUAAGCCUACGCAGAGUCCCGCCAAAAACAGUCUUACCUUAAUCGCUCAAGAGAUUGAUAACAAUGAAGAUACCACAAGCGAAAGAGACUUGGGAUCGGGAGAGAGAAAGGAGAGGUUAAGCAGAGCAGCGAGCGAACUCAGAAACUGGGUUAAGGAAGAAGGAAGAAGUUGGUACUUGAGCCGUGUUGAGAAGUAUAUAGAUGAGAUCAGUAAUGAGACAAAGUGGAGAGAUCUGAGCAGUCAACAAGUAGGGGAAACGAUGUAUCAGAUAAAACGAGUGAGUGAUUGGUUAGACGCCAUUGUUAAAGGAGAAGAGGAUGAAGAAGAAGAAGAAAUGGUGAUGAUGACACAGUCUGAAACAGAGGCUUGUGGUAGAGUGAGGAACAAGAUUUAUAGGAUUCUCUUAAAACAUGUCUCAUCAUCGCAGUACUAACCUCAUGUCUCACCAACCGCACUUGUACUGAAGGAUAAAUUUACAUUUAGGUUUCAUUUUUAGAGCAUCCACAUUGGUUAAAUCUCUAAAAUAUGGUAUCUUAAUUAUUUAAUACAAUUAAGUUUUUCAUUCGUGCUACACGCAAGUAUUUAUUAUAAAUUGUUUAACAUAUUAGGUAUAUAACUCGCGCUGCGUGCGAGUCUAUAUUAAUAGUUUGAUUUAAUUCUUUUUUAGCUACUAUCUUUUAUAUUAUUAAAACUAUAAUAUAUUUAUAGAGAUAUUUAUUUAUAUAAGAGAAUUUAAU